UUUUGAAAUGAAUGCUAAACAUGUACACAAUCUUUUGUUCUGUUUCAAUAGUUGAUAGGUACUUUCCCGAAGGAAUUGACAUAUACUUUGACAAUGUUGGUGGACACAUGCUUGAAGCAGCCCUUCUUAACAUGAGACGCCGCGGUCGAAUUGUGGUGGCUGGAAUGAUCUCACAGUAUGAACUUGAUGAACCUCAGGGCAUAAAAAAUUUGAUCAACAUCAUAUACAAGCAGAUUCAUGUCGAUGCAUUCACUGUAUAUGAUUACUAUCAUUUAUAUCCCAAGUUUUUGGACACAAUUUUGCCUUAUGUUAGGGAAGGGAAGAUAGCAUAUGUUGAAGAUAUAGCUAUAGGCAUUGAGAGUGGACCAGCUGCAUUAGAAGCAAUGUUCACAGGCAAAAGUGCUGACGAACAAGUUGUUUUAGUUUGCUGA